AUGAAGUCCAAGCGUCUGGAUGAGAAGACGACGCUCCAGGCCCUUAACAACCGGCUCGAGAUGUACGUGCUCCGCGUCAAGGAGGUCGAAGACUCCAAGGAGAUCGCCGAGAAGGAGCUCGAGUCCAUCCGCGAUCGCAUGCAGCUUGACCUGACCAUGACCAAGACGCGUCUCUCCAAGGAGCUCGAAGAAGUCCGCAAGAAGUACGAGGAAGAGCGUGAGGCCAAGAUCCGCGUCCAGAACCUCGAGAAAGAGCAGUACAACGAACUCGUCCAGCUCCGCGAGCAGGUCAAGGAGCUCAACAACACCAAGACAUACCUCGAGACAGUCCAGAACGAGCUCACCAAGGAGAAGGAGAGCUGCAAGGCUGCCAAGGAGGCCCUCGCGUCGAACGCGACGGCUCUCCAGAGCGAGCGCCGCAAGCUCAACGACAUGGAGAAGGAGUACCGCAAGACGCUGGCGAGCCUGCACGAUGCCACGUCGGAGCUCGAACAGUUGAAGCAGAAGACAUCCGAGUUCUCAAUGACUCGCGACUCAGAGAUGACUGCUCUCCGCAAGGAGAUGAACGCCAAGCACUCGGAAGCGCUUGCCUCGUGGCGCCGCGAGUCGGAGGAGCGCCAGCAGGUUGUCGAGAACGAAGUGCGCAGCCACUUUGAAGGCGUCGUCGAAGGUCUCCGCUCGCAGCUCGACGAAGCGACCAAGGAAAUCACUGAUUUGCGUACCGACAAUGAACGCACGGCUAACGAUUACGAUGAGAGCCUCAAGCUUCGCCAGUCGCUCACGGAGAAGCUCGCCGUCGUCGAGUCGCAGUACCGCGCCGACCGCAAGAAGUUCCAGGAGGACCGUCGUGCGUACGAAGCCAACAUUGAAGCCGCUCGCAAGGCGCGCAAGGAGAAGGACUUGGAGUUCAACGACCUCAUGGACAUCAAGAUUGCCCUCGAUGCUGAAAUUUCCGCGUACCGAAGCAUCUUGGACCGCGAAGAGACGCGUUUCGGCGUUGAGCCCAAGGCGACGACCCAGAAGAAGCGCAAGUCGACGCCGCACUCGGUGCGCGCGCAGAAGCGGCGAAAGACCCACGCGUCUGGUGACUUCCGCAUCCGCCAGCUCAACCUCGACGAGGGCCGUAUCAUCCUUGAAAACACGGGCGCGACCCCGCUUCCCCUUAACGGGUGGCAAAUCACGAGCAAGUCGAGCAACCACGUGUUCUCGUUCCCGGAUGACUACGUGAUUCAACCCGGCGGCAAGGUCUCGGUCUUGUCGGGCAAGAACCCGACGGUCCCGGAAGGCGAGCAAGAUCAGAUGGACUUUUACGCCGUCAAGAAGGCCAUCUGGAACCCCAAGGGCGACGUCGCCCUGGUCAAGAACGCCGAGGGCGAAGUCGUCUGCUCGCACGCUGAAGGCAUCAAUGAAGACGAGUACGACGAUGAGCAGGAGAAGGAGGGCAACGGCGAAGGCUGCGGCAUUAUGUAA